UUUUCUCUCUCUCUGAUGCUUUACUUUCAGCUGGUCAUCAUGGCAGGGACGGUCAUGCUGGCGUAUUACUUUGAGUACACGGACACGUUCAACGUACACGUCCAGGGCUUUUUCUGCCAUGACAGCGCGUACACGAAGCCGUACCUUGGACCGGAGGAGUCGAGCGCGAUCCCGCCGCUGCUCCUGUACGCGCUGGUGUCCGGCGUGCCCGCGCUGGUGAUCACAGGAACCGAGUCUGUGCUCUUCCUGUUGGAGUACAUCUCUGAAGAUCUGGACAACAGGGAGAAGAUCAUAGUGAUGGGCGACUGUUGUUACCUUAAUCCCCUUGUGCGCAGGACCUUCCGCUUUCUUGGUGUGUAUGCAUUUGGGCUCUUUGCCACAGAUAUCUUUGUAAAUGCAGGACAGGUAGUUACGGGGAAUCUGUCCCCUUACUUCCUGACCGUUUGUAAACCCAACUACACGGCCCUGGGUUGCCAGCAAGAUGUCCGCUUCAUCAGCCAGCAGGAAGCUUGCACGGGGAAUGGAGACGACAUCCUGCAUGCUCGGAGAUCUUUUCCUUCCAAAGAGGCCGCUCUGAGUGUCUACGCUGCACUUUACAUUUCUAUGUACAUCACAUGCUCAGUGAAAUCCAAAGGCACACGUUUGGCCAAGCCUUUUGUCUCUCUUGGCCUCAUGUGCCUGGCUUUCCUGACUGGAAUAAAUCGUGUGGUGGAGUAUCGGAAUCACUGGAGCGAUGUCAUUGCUGGCUUCAUCAUUGGAUCAGCCAUUGCUAUCUUCAUGGUGGUUUGUGUAGUGAAGAACUUCAAAGGAAAAUCUCUGCUGAAUGAGAUACCACCUGAGGGGAAUGUUGGAGAGCCCAAGAUGGAGAAAUACAUUGUCUCACAGACUCCUAUCACGUAUGCUGAGGUCACAUGACAGUGAUAUCACGAGUACAGUACAUCCCAAAACCUGAGGAAUCCGCUGCAGCUCUCCUUGUUGACAAACAAGUGCAAUGUUGGAUUUUUUUUUUUAACUAUAAAUUACCGCAGCACUUAGUAUAAUCCCAGAUUUCACUUGUCAAAAUGUUGUGCAUAUUCCUAUUUUUAUAAAGAUGACCAGUUUAUAUCAGCAUCCUUGAAUAUACAGCGUCAGGGGGUAAGGUUGCCAAGCAACGGUACGCUUAUUGCAUUUAUGUUGUUUUAUUGGAAACAUUUUGACCUUAGGUGUAAAAAAUAGGUUGUGUGUUACAUUACAUCUGUUGAUUUGUUUACGAGUGUGUGCUCUAGGAAUUCAUUUUAAUGUCAAUAAAUAGUUGAGUUAAUCAUUGUUAAACAUAAACAACCAAUUG